UAAACUGCACUAAUUCUUGACUGCUAGUUUUGUGUCAUAGUAUAUACUCCAUCCAUUUGCAUUGAUGUUGAUGGAAAGAGUUAUCUCCAAAAAUGAAAAACUAUUACCCCGUUCCUCAUACCAAACAUGCGAUAAGGUUUUUCUUUUGUUUCCGAUGCUUAAAAGCCUCAUACUAACCACUUAUCUACCCAUAUUGUUACAUGGAAUUCUUACGCGUUUAGAAUAUUUCUUUGCAAGAAAAGUAGGACUCUGUGAUUACGGGUUAACUGGCAAGAGUGAUGACUUGUUAUAGGCUGAAGUGAUUGAGCCUGCGGUGAAGGGAACUCUUAAUGUUCUUGCUUCGUGUGCAAAAGCUCUGUCUGUCAAACGAGUGAUUUUCACAUCUUCUAUUGCUGCAGUUGUGUACAAUGGAAUGCUAUUUGAUUGCGAAAAUAUUGGCAGAGGAUGCGGCUUGGAAGUUUGCCAAAGAGCACAACAUUGACAUGAUAUCAAUAAAUCCUGCAGGCGUAAUAGGCCCAAUGUUGCAACCAACAAUGAAUAUUACUACUUUUUCCAUUGUUUUUAACUUGAUUAAUGGGUCGGAGACAUAUCGAAAUGCAUCUUUGGGGUUGGUUCAUGUGAAAGACGUUGCUGAAGCACAUAUACGUGCCUUGGAGAUCCCUUCUGCUAAUGGGAGGUAUGUGUUGAGCGAAUCUGUCAUGCAUAAUGCAGUUAUUGUCGAAAUUUUGCGCGAGCUUUACCCAAACCUCAAGCUCCCUAACAAGUGCGAGGAUAAUUUGCCGCUUACGCCAAGUUACAAGAUUUCGAAGGAGAAAGCUAAAACCUUAGGCAUUGAUUACAUUCCCUCGAAAGUUGCUCUCAAGGAAACCGUUGAGUGCUUAAAGGAGAAGUUCAUGUAGAUGUUUGUAUAUAAAUUGAUUGAGGGUGAAUGAUUUCAGCAACAAUACAGGAAUGUAUAUAAUUAUAUGUGUUGGAGAGUGAGGGAUAGCCUAGUGGUUAGAGCUUCUCUCCCGGUUUCAAGAGGUUCUGGGAUUGAUUCUCACUCUUGGCAAGUUGAGAUCGCUUCUCAUCCUUGGCAAAUUGGAAUUCUCUUUAUUCCCCUAACUUGUCAAGGUUUCUCCUUAUUGUUUAUAUAUAUAUAUAUAUAUAUAUAUAUAUAUAUAUAUAUAGGGGAAGGAUCCGCUGAAAACCACUCUUAGGCUGAAAACUGAAAACAAAGUAACUUUUAAGCCCUUUAGGGUAACUUUUAACCCUUUUAGGAUAAUUUUUGUCAGUUUUGGGAUAACUUUAUUAUAUUAAGGAUAGUUCUAUGUAUUUUAAGGGUAACUUUAUUUAUUAUAA